AUGGAUGCAAUUCGCUCUCUUGUACAGCCAAUUACGCACAACCUACCGUCGCCCAUCCGCGACCUCGGCGAAUCCAUCAUUGGUCCAGUGUGCUACAAGACACUCCUUCUAGAUGUCGACCCAUCAGACUCAGCCUGUAUCAAGCUCGCCGUAUCAAAAGGCCUUGGCAUUGGUAUAAUCGCGGCAUCAUCGAUCGUGAAGGUACCCCAGAUCAUCAAGCUGGUCAACUCGAAGUCGGCAUCGGGCGUAUCCUUUUUGUCUUAUCUCCUCGAAACCUCGGCUUACCUUAUCGGUUUGGCAUACAACUUUCGCAGCGGCUUCCCCUUUAGCACAUAUGGCGAGACGGCCCUGAUUCUAGUGCAAAACGUCGUGAUCUCGCUGCUGGUGCUCAACUACAGCGGCAGGCAGGGCGUAGCUGCGCUAUUAGUUGCCGCAUUGGCGAGCUCGGCUGCGACGCUGUUCAGUGAAACUAUGGUGGAUAUGAAGACUAUGAGCUAUCUCCAGGCCGGUGCAGGUGUGUUGGGGGUUGCGAGCAAAGUGCCCCAGAUUGUGGCCAUCUGGCAGCAGGGAGGUACGGGGCAGUUGAGCGCGUUUGCAGUCUUCAACUACCUUGCCGGUUCACUGUCUCGCAUAUUCACAACUCUUCAGGAGGUCGACGACAAAUUAAUCCUGUACGGAUUCGUCGCUGGCUUUGCGUUGAACCUGGUCCUUGCUAUCCAAAUGGUGGUUUAUUGGAAUGGGCCCGCAACUGGAGACUCCAAGGUCGCGGCAAAGAAUAACAAAAAGUCACAGGCUGGUAAGACAAAGUAG